AUGGGCUUCCGAAGCUUAGCGGUCCUGCUGGCCGUUUUUGGGUUAUCCCGAGGCUUAACUUGCCCUGGCGGCACCCAGCUAUUCAAUGGAUACUGCUAUGAAUUCACCACCUCGAAAACGCUGGACCAGCAGACGGCAAACCAGCAGUGCGCAUCUGAAUCUACUUUCCAAAGUUCCCUUGCCUCGAUCAUGAACGCGUUUGAGAAUUUGUACCUGACUCAAAACAUGCCUGCUGGCACAAAAGCUUGGAUUGGUGGAAAAUACGAUGGUAGCAAAUAUUCGUGGACUGACGGGCUGCCAUUUACAUACAACAAUGUGAAUAAUUCGACAACUGGUGGAUGUCUUUUGAUUGACAAAGAUACAGGUAAAUGGUUCAAGGCGGACUGCAGCGAGAAGCAUGCGUAUAUUUGCAAGCUAGCGGAAACGGCUCCGUUUGUCGUUUCGAACAGUACUGGGUCUAAGGCAGCCGCUGCUUACAUUCUACGUGGAAUUGAUCCAACAGUCAACCCUUGCGAAGAUUUCUACGGGUUUACCUGCAACACUUAUAUUAAAAAUGCAAAGCUGCAUGGUGGUGAUGAGGUGAGCGUCUAUGAUGAAGCCCAAACAGCCGUCAAUCAAGCCAUUGCUGCAGCCCUGGACAAUGUAAAUUCGGGCAGCUCGCUAACCGAGAAAAUUACGAAGAAGGCAUACGAUGCUUGCCAAAAAUUCUACGACUCGCGCUCCCCACCGGUUUACGCAAAGCAGUUGCAUCAAGAGUUUUUGACCCGAUUCAACCUCACGCAGCUUCCGCUUUUCCAAUCGAUCAACGCUUCUUUCUCAAUGCCAAACCAAGCGCUAUGGAAGGGUAUCGGAUAUUUCGAAGGCUCGCAUGCUGUUGGCACCCUCAUCAAUUCUUAUGCCACCGUUGACUACAAAAAUAUUACUUCUAAUGCGUUGUUUAUGGACCAGCCAGCUCUGCCUCUUCCACGCGACUACUACGUUAAACCACAGUUUUUGACGAUUAUGGAAGAUCACGUUGAUGAAUAUGUUCAAUUAAUUCGCCUCUUUGCUGCCGCCAGCGGUCAGUCCAUCACAAAAGCUAUUGCACAAGAGGUUGCCGCCGACGUCGUGAACUUUGAAAUCGCAAUCGCUUUGGCUUCGUGGCCAGAUGAGGAGAUGCGAAAUUACCAGCAAAUGUAUAAUCCGUACAAGCUGGCCCAGCUAAAGUCCACCUACCCAGGCGUCGAAUGGGAGUCAUACUUUGACAACUUGUUUUAUCCGUUGAAUAUGUCUUCCCGCGCUAUGGUUGAUGAUUCGGCGAUUGUUGGGGAGCCCUCAUACUUUGGAUGGCUUGCCUCCUUGUUUUCUGGAAAUCUCUACAAGCAGUCGACAAUUUUGAAUUAUAUUACUGUCCAGGUUAUAUCGGAUUCAUAUGAUUUCUUGGGAGAUUCGUUCUCCGCCUGGGCAAAGGAGCACGACCGUGUCCGUUACAUCCGUCGUCGUGGGCGUGGUUUGGCUAGAAUCGGGGCACGAAACACCCCCAAAAAGUUUGACAGUAACGGAGACUACUGCGUUGAUUUGAUCAUGGAUUAUAUGCCUUACGGCCCAGGAUACGUCUACGGCAAGCAGCUUGAUCCCAAGGCUAGGGCUGCUGUUUUGGGAGAUGUUAGCGAUCAGACAGGACGCAUUAUUUCUUCAUUCAAAGAUAUGAUCGGAACGUUGACUUGGAUGCCAAGUGCUAGCAAGAGUAAUGCAUAUACCAAAGCUGCCAAUCUGAUCCAAAAUGUCGGUUUCCCAAAGAUGUUUGGCGAUUUUUCAAACGCACAAGCGCUUGACACCUACCACCAGGACUACGCUGCAAUCACCACCUACGCCGACACCGAUUUCUACGAUAUCAUGCUUACCCUGAAAACCGCUAUCCAAUCCCGAGAAGCCUGGCGACUCCUUAAUGAACCGGCCGAUAGAUCGAAUUUCCUCGAAUCACCUGCCGAGGUCAACGCCUGGUACCAACCGGAAAGGAAUUCAAUUACGUUCCCCUAUGCGGCGUUCAAUCCGCCUUAUUACAACUUUGAUUGGCCGCAAGCUUUCAACUAUGGUGGCCAAGGUGGAACUGGUGGACAUGAAUUGACUCACGGUUAUGAUGACGAAGGAGUACAAUUCGGACCCGAUGGUUCUCUUUCCAACUGUGAUACAUUCCAUUGUGGAUGGAUGGACAUGAAUUCGACCAGUGGUUUUACUGAUAUGGCACAGGCAAGAGAAAAUAUUGCUGAUCUUGGAGGCCAACAAGCCGCCUACCGAGCGUACCGCAACUACGUAGCAAGCACGCUAAAGGGCGUCGAAGAGCCGCGGCUGCCCGGGCUUGAAGAAUACACACCAAACCAAAUCUUCUGGAUCACUUACGGUUUCAGCUGGUGCGAAAAGCAGACUACAGAUGCGCUUGUGGAGCAGCUUCUCGUCGAUCCACACGCCCCCUCAAUCUGCCGCACCAACAAUGUGAUGCAAGAUAUCCCAGAGUUCGGCCGGGACUUCAGCUGCCCCAAGGGCUCCACGAUGUACCCACAAGACACGGAUCGUUGCAGUGUCUGGGUUGGAAAU